UAAACUGCCUUGCAACAGCAGGCCAGCCCAUGGCCAUACCAGCACCCGGCGAAGGCACAACAGGGCCCGUGUCACUACCCACUCGGGAAGGAGCACCUGCAGCAAUAUUGCAGCAAGCAUGCAGUGCAAGUGCAGGCCAGCCCAUGGCCAUACCAGCACCCGGCGAAGGCACAACAGGGCCCGUGUCACUACCCACUCGGGAAGGAGCACCUGCAGCAAUAUUGCAGCAAGCAUGCAGUGCAAGUGCAGGCCAGCCCAUGGCCAUACCAGCACCCGGCGAAGGCACAACAGGGCCCGUGUCACUACCCACUCGGGAAGGAGCACCUGCAGCAAUAUUGCAGCAAGCAUGCAGUGCAAGUGCAGGCCAGCCCAUGGCCAUACCAGCACCCGGCGAAGGCACAACAGGGCCCGUGUCACUACCCACUCGGGAAGGAGCACCUGCAGCAAUAUUGCAGCAAGCAUGCAGUGCAAGUGGUUAUGUGGACCACCUUGGCUACAUCAAGUUAACAGCAGCAUUGAAGCACAGUGGAAGGUGAAAAGGAAGGGGGCAGACUGUUAUCGGUCAUCCCACAAAACAGAGGUGCAUACGUCCAGUUCCGUUCACUAAGAAGGCACCUGCUGAUCGUGCGAAACUGAUGCUUGGAUGACUUGUGGAUAGUUGCAGUUUGGAAGCUGCAAUGAAUGGCACAAACAUUUCAGAACACAUGGUGGAGGUAUUGCCAAAAAAAGGUGCCCUCGGCAAUUUUAGACAAUUCCUGCAGUUUGGCAGAGAUAAAGCCACACUUUGAAGAUGAUGCCUGGCUCUCCGUAUUGUCAUUAUUAGAAAUAGAGAAGAAAAAACCGGCAUGGUUCUGUCCGACAUGCAAAAAACUUAUUGGCAAGGCGGAUUCUGUCUGUUGUGACUCCCGCCUGGAAUGGAGACAUUUGAAACGUGCAUGUCUUGAUCGUUUGCCCAAAUCAAGUACAUGGUUUUGCAGAGACUGCCACCAAACAUGCAUGACACCCUCACUUGUGUUAUUGUUGCCACAACUGUCACCACCUCAUUUUUGUAUUUCUGAUGCAAUAACAGUAUCCAUUGUGUUAUGGAAAAAAUAGUUCUAAUUUUGGCCUUCAAAACCUGUAGGAACCAUGGUACUUGCAAAACCACUGACAUCGCUACCAUCAUGGUCCCUCCUGUCAGAAUCACUGUUUUGCCAAAAAUACAUUGUAAUAAAUAUACAUUUCAUCUGCGUUAACAUGGUUAUUUGUGUGCUUUGAUAGCUAUUCUGGAUUUGUUCUGUACAUGCACAGCCGGCAAACAUUUAUGAACAGCAAUAGUUAAAAAGAUGCAUCACUUUACAAACAUAAUGGAUGCCGAGAUGGUACACGUAGUUGCAUCUGUUUAG